AUGGUUUUCCAGGCUUAUGCUGAGGCCUAUCGUUUCGGCGCUGAAAGACCAGCACACAACAGUCCAGAUGUACUAUUCUGGCUCCGCAUUCACAAAGAUCUUGGGGGCAUAUUACUUGUGACGGCCAGUGUCCUAGGGACAGGUGGCGGAGAGGCAGAUGGAUGGGUUAAUAGUUGGGUAACGCCUUUGCAAACUAGCGAGCUCAAGCCUCUACGAAUACCCUUGCAUUCUCAACGGUCUAAACGAUGCCCAGCUUGCACGCACAUAUUGAUCAAGCCAGAGCAGAAAGCCCAGUCUGUGCUGUAUAAAAUCAAGCUCGUAGCCGCUAACUACCUGCCAGCAAUCACGGUGUCAUUACCUCCUGCACAGCGCCUCACAGCAGAGGCAGCGAAGAAAUCCCUUGGAAGAUCUGUAUCGACUGCUGUAGAAAACAGCAACGCCGGAGCUAUGCAUGCAGGAAGAACAUAUCCAUUCCACCUGGCAUUAAGUAACUCCCUUUGCACCAAUCCGACCGACGUCAUUUCAUAG